CAUCUCUUCUCCAUUGAUCUAGGUCCCUGCAGACUACGGAGCAGGAGGAAGAAAUGAAUGUGAGCUUUAAGCCGACAUUAUGUUUCGUCUGCUUUCAGUCAGCUGUCUCUGUGGACUAGAGGAAAAAACAAUGAUGUGCUAAUUCAGGAAGUGGACUGACAACUCAGUUCACUGCUGAAGUCUCUCUGUGUGUGUGUUGUACUUCCUGUUUUGUCAGUCAUGAGAGUGGUUUGUAUUCUGUGCUAAUGCUCAGCAUUUCUGAGUUACCGGUGAGCCUGGCUGAAAAUGGAGGAAGAGGAGGACAGUGCACAAUCUCUCUGUUUUCCCAUGAAGAGAGACCUUUCCAUAAAUGACAGUGAACCUGGACCUGCAGACACAAAAGAUCAGCAGCCCAGGCGCAGAACAGCGUCUGUAGGAUCAGAGUGUCUGUCAGUGAACAGUAACAUCUCCAAAGAUGAUCCUCCAUUCUUCAGUAAUGAACCUGGACCUUCAAACACAAAAAAAGGAACAGAGACUUCAGGAUUCGACUCUCUGUCUAACUUUUCCAAAGACGAGCCUAUGCACUUCAGAAAUGAACCUGAAGUCUCAAACACAAAAGGUCAGCAGCGCAGAUGCAGCCCAGCGUCUCCAGGAUCAGAGUGUCUGUCUAUGAGGAGUGACUCUUCCAAAAUUGUUCCUAUAUCGUUUAAUAAUGAACCUGGACAAUCGGACACAAAAGAGAAGACAAAGGAUCCUGUUUCCCACUGUGGAGAAACAGCCACAGCCAAGUUUGGACGACAUAUAGCUGGUCAGAGCAGCACUGUGCAAACAGUUGCUGGUCUGCAGGAGCUUUUAGAUGAACAUAAGAUCAGUCUAAGGAAGAGAUGUGAAACUGUAACUGAAGGAUCUGAAGAAACAGGAAGAAGAACUCUCCUGAACAGAAUCUACAUAAACCUUUACAUCACAGAGGGACAGAGUGAAGACGUUAAUACUCAACAUGAAGUGAGGCAGCUGGAGACAGGUUCCAAGACGAAGACCCUCCAUGAAAUUCCAAUCAAGUGUCAUGACAUCUUUAAAGCCUUAUCUGACAAAGUGAUCAGAGUGGUUCUGACCUACGGUGUUGCUGGCGUUGGAAAAACCUUCUCAGUGCAGAAGUUCACUCUGGACUGGGCAGAGGGUUUGGAGAACCAAGAUGUCAGUGUGGUGGUUCUGCUUUCAUUCAGGGAGCUGAACCUGAUCAGAGAUGGGCAGUAUAGUCUCCUGGAGCUGCUCCAGGUUUUCCAUCCAACAUUACAGAAGGUCACAGCAGAGAAGCUCGCUGUCUGUAAACUUUUGUUUAUAUUUGAUGGUCUGGAUGAAAGCAGACUUUCAUUGGAUUUCACUAAGAGGAGCGUCAUGUCUGAUGUCACACAGAAGUCAACGGUCACAAAUCUGCUGACAAACCUCAUUGAAGGCAAUCUGCUUCCUUCGGCUCUCAUCUGGAUAACUUCCAGACCAGCAGCAGUCAAUCAGAUCCCUCCUACAUGUGUUGACCGUGUCACCGAAGUGCGAGGUUUCACUGAUGCUCAGAAAGAGGAGUACUUUAAGAAGAGAUUCAGUAAUAAAGAGCUGUCCAGCAAAAUAUUUUCCCACAUAGAAUCAUCCAGGAGCCUCCACAUCAUGUGUGGAAUCCCAGUCUUCUGUUGGAUCACUGCUACAGUUCUGGAGCACAUGUUAACUGGAGGGCAGAGAGAAGAGCUGCCCAAGACCAUGACCGACAUGUACUCACACUUCCUGCUGGAUCAGACCAAGAGGAAGAUUCAGAAGUACCAUAAGGCUUCUACUCCUGAAGAUCUUCUUAAGCUUGGGAGGCUGGCAUUUGAACAUCUGGACAAAGGAAACAUCAUGUUCUACCAAGAAGACCUGGAGCAGUGUGGUCUGGAUGUCACAGAGGCCUCGGUGUACUCGGGACUUUGUACAGAGAUUUUCAAAAGAGAGUGUGUGAUCUUCCAGAAACCAAUCUACUGCUUUGUUCAUCUGAGCAUUCAGGAGUUUCUGGCUGCUGUUUACAUGUUCCACUGUUUCACCAGUAGACAGAGCAAGAUCCUGGAGGAUUUCCUAAUUCCUAAGUUUUCUAGGAUGUCUAGGAAUUUUGGAAAUAAAACUACCCAUGUGCUAUUUUUAGAUGACUUUCUGAGCAAAGUUAUGGAGAAAUCUCUCAAAAGUAAAAAUGGUCACCUGGACCUUUUUGUCCGCUUUCUUCAUGGCCUUUGUCUGUCGUCCAACCGGAGACUUUUAAGAGACCUGCUAGGUCAGAGAGAGAGUAAUCCAGAUAGCAUCCAGAAAGCCAUCAGCAACUUGAAGGAGAUAAACACCCAAAAAAUAUCCCCUGACAGAAGUCUCAACAUUUUCCACUGUCUGAUGGAGAUGAAUGACCUCUCAGUACAUCAGGAGGUCCAAGAGUUCCAGAAGUCAGGAAGGAGAUCACAGAGACUUUCUGUUAUCCACUGCUCAGGUCUGGCCUACAUUCUCCAAAUGUCAGAAGAGGUUGUGAAUGAACUGGACCUGGGUGAAUAUAACACCACACUGGAGGGCAAACAGAGACUCAUCCCAGCUGUGAGAAAUUGCAGAAAGGCUCAACUUUCUAGCUGUGAGCUCUCAGAAGCUCACUGUGAAGUUGUAGCCUCAGCUCUGAAGUCCAACCCCUCCCAUCUGACUGAGCUGAACCUGAGCUUUAACAAGCUGCAGGAUUCCGAAGUGAAGCUGCUCUCUGCCGGACUAAAGAAUCCAAAUUGCAGACUGGAGACUCUGAGAUUGAAGGGUUGUAGGUUGUCAAAGGCCAGCUGUGCUUCUCUGGUCUCAGCUCUUAAGUCCAACCCCGACUAUCUGAGAGAUUUGGACCUGAGUGCCAACACACUGCAAGAUUCAGGAGUGAAGGACAUGUGUGGUUAUCUGGAGAGUCCAGGCUGCAGAUUGGAAGUGCUCAGAUUGAGGGGCUGCAGUGUGUCAGCGAUCAGCUGUACUUUUUUGGUCUCAGCUUUAAAGACCAACGACUCCCAUCUGAGGGAGCUCGAUCUGAGCCAAAACAACCUACGGGAUCCAGAUGUGAAGCAGCUGUUGGAUCUUAAGGAAAGUCCUGACUAUAGACUGGAGAUCCUGAGGUUGGAGUGAUAAUCUGUGUAACAAUGAGAGCAAACAGGACGACGACUGGACGAGCUGUGAGGAUCCACUGAGGUUGGAGCAGCAGCAGGUUGUCAGUUCCUGUAGAAAACCGGUUCCCAGUAUUCCAGUUCCUUGGAAUUGUUAGUCCACCUGUCUGUGUCCUUAUAAGGGAUUUGCACUGGUGCAUGGGGCUGUAGUUAAAUGGUGAUUAUGAGACAGAGUGUUUCAGCUAUUUUACUUGUUCCCAGAGCUAAUUAAGUAACAUACUGCAUUACUUUUAAGAAAAGCAUUCUGUGUAUUCUGUGUAAUAUUAAACACUGACUACAACAACGAGGGCAAAUACCUCAAACACGCACAGACGUUUGACUCCAGCAUGCAAUUAAUUUGCAUGCUGGAUUUGCAUUUCUUCUUGCUGCUUAGUGACGGUGGUGACUCUUAAAACGGAGCCAAUGAAAAUCGAUAAGGAAUCAGAAUCAUAAAAUUCUUAUCGAUUCCCAUCCGUAGCGUAGAUACUGUAACUCGGCUGUUUUACUGAGAGCUGGAUCAAGAACUGACACUGUGAGGUUUCAGGGUUUCAGUGAUCUUCUUCUACUCUGCACUGAGACGUUAGCCCCAGGUUCAUCUGGUCCUCCAAGUCUUUGGCAUGUCUGCUGCUCUGCUGUGGGUUCAAAAUGUUUGUGCUGCACAUGGUGUCUUUAUGUGGCGGAGAUAAAUGUCUCCUUUAUCUCUGCCACAUAAAAGGCCGUUAAAUCACAAGUUUAAAUACCACAAAAACCUAAUGAAAUGCAACAUUUUUUUUAAUGGUGAUGAGAUGAACACCCUGUGAUAUUACUUAAGUGAAGCACAAAUUCACUUCAUUCAUUGUAUAAACUGUUUUAUUGUUUUGUUGUUUGGUUGAGGUUGCUGAUACUGACAUUACUGACACAUUAAAGUCCGUUAUUCACUGGCAUCAACACUUAUCCCUUACAUCAUAUCCUGCCACGCCAGAACACACACAGGAAGUUAUAAAACCAGACCCUUUUCCACAUCCUUUAACUCCAAACCAUCGUGAGAGGAAAAAUGCAUCAAGACCUUUUAGGUCCUAUAAGUUAAAUUAACUCUCUAAUUUUUAUUCUAACAUUUAUCUAUUGUGAUAUUUUGUCAACAUGUCAUUUCAAAGAGUGCUGCAUGAUUGCUUGAAUACCUGUUAAAUUUGGCAGAUUGGAUUCCUUCGAUUUCUUUGUUAAUAACUUGAAGACAGUGAAAAUAAAUAAAAUGGUUUUUAUCUGUUA